AUUCUCCGAUCUUGGCUUUCGAAGAAAGCGGACCAUGUCAGGUAGGGAUCCCUCCUCGCCUUCGAGUUUCGUCCGGAUAGUGGGAGAUAGAACCAUUCUCACCUUGUAUCGCUACCAAACGUACAAGUGGCGGGUGGUAUACUCUAAUACGGGUAUACGGGUAUAUACGGAUUUGCCGUCGCGCGAACAACAAGAGCCCUGACAAAAAGGGUGUGUAUCCACAAACGGACACACGACACGGUAGGAUGGUAGUGCGGGUACCGCCUCCGCCGCCAUCCAGGGAUGCGACGGGGGCGGAGGCCCAUCACGAAAGACCAGCCCCGCACGAUGGUAAUACCCGUCCACGGAAACGUUCUCCCAAUGGUCGUCACGUCAAACCGUACCGUGUCGAUACUUCCAAAAUUUCGGAACCGGAACAUCAGCAGCACCAUUCCUUACUCGACGAAGACUGGUGUCCCGUGAUUAACUGCAGUUGUACCGGAGGCGAUGCCUACGACACGCUGUGUUGGCAACGACGCCUGGACCAGGUUACGCGAGUCACCCAACUCGAAGACCAAUGGCGACAAUCCCUCGACUCGAAUCAUACUCAACAACAUCCUCAACAACAUCCUCAACAACAACAACAACAACAACAACAACUUUCGAUUCGACGGCAACUGAUUCCACUCUAUCGCACACUGGGAGAAUUCCAACUGGCCGUCGAGUCCGCUCGACAAGUCCUCCAAACACACCAGGACGAUACCAUUCGACCCACGGAUCUUAAUGUGCCAAUUUCCCACUCCGGUGACCCGAAUCCUUCGGGACCCAAGCACGCGACCGUCUCCACCCAAACUCGACUGCUGGUGGAUAUGGUGGGAGACCUCUUGGCCUUGGGACAGGAUGCGCACGCGGGACGUGUCCUACACAAAGCCUCCCUGCGGCUCCGGCAAUUCCACGUUCAGCCACCCGCCACGAUCACCAUUCCUUUGGCGACACCCGCCACUAACAGUACGUUCCUUUGGGUGGAUUUCUGGACGCACGCCGCCAUUUGGUACGAACGACAAGGACAGCUGGAACGCGCCCUGUUGUGCAUUCGCCAAGCCCUGGUGGCCUUGACCCACCAUAUUGACCACCACACACAUACGAACGAUAUCGGUAAAGACGACGAGGAGAAUCGUGCCGUCUGGAUUCAUCAAGUAGCCGGCGAACUCUACCAGGAGCUCGGUGACUGGCAAGCCGCCAAACUGGCCUUUGAAUCCGCUCUCCGAUCGUCAUCAUCUCGCCACCGAUCCUCCGCAACUCCUCAGAAUCGUCGCGUCUGCGGAAUUCUCUGGAACAACAUUGCCAACUGCGAAUUGCAAUUGGAUCGUGUAGCCGCUUGCGUACAAAGCUAUGCCGUCGCGUGGCGCAUCGGGAUGGAGCUCGGCGAAGCCGUGGACGGCGGUGCCGCAGAAUUGGAAGGUUUGACGCUGUGGCGCGUCGCCUUUGUCCGCACGGCCGCCGCCGCCUAAGGAACGUGUUGCUGGCCCCCCGACCAACGGAACGGUAACCCUACGACUAGCACCAAGCCCAUCUCACAAUGCUUCCAUAAAAUAUAGUUCUCGCUGUAUAUUCU